AUGCUUGCUGAAGCUUCUUCUCCCAUCAGUGGGAAUGUUGGCCAGUAUUUAGAGUCUCUUCCUAGACCUGUUUUGGACAGAUUGUUUGCUCAGCCUGCUACUUGUCUAGCCAUUCUUCGUCUUCUUCCUGAUCUGGCAAAGCACACUAUACUAAGACUGCUCUAUACUAGCAUGACAGUUAAGAUAUCAGAUAUUGAAACUUGGGAAACACAUGAAUACAGUGGUCAAUUUUCACAUGCAGUUACUGGACUGGCAAAACUACAUAUUCUGUCAAUAAAAAACGAAGGAUCUCAUAAAUCAGUUCAUAUCAACUCUGUGUUUCAAAAAAGCAUACAUAAUGCACUUGUUGGAAGUGGUAGUCAUACUUCAUUUGGUAUGCCCUGUGAAACGAUAGAUAAGCACCGGCCAAGUAUCGCGUUUUUGGAAACGUAUGCCAAAGAAUGUUGGGAGUCAGUACUGCACUAUCUGGUUGGAACUCCAUCAGAUAAGCGGCCAAAGGCAAUAGUAAAGCUUUUGGAAAAGUCGGGUUUGAUGGCACCCAUAUCUUCAACAAAUGCAGCUCACAAUGGAGAUUUGCGGAUAACAUCAAAAGGAUUUCAGUUUUUAUUACAGGAUGUCAAUGUGCAAAUAUGGGCGUUUUUGCUGCAGUAUUUGGAAAUGGCCGAGCAACUUAACAUGGAGCUUGUUGAAGUAUUAAACUUUUUUUUCCAGCUUGGUAGUUUGGAACUUGGACAGGACUACUCUGUAGAAGUUUUGACUCCAACACAAAAACAUAUGCUGGACGAUCUUAAGCAUUUAGGUCUUAUAUAUCAACGAAAGAAAAAAUCGACUCGAUUUUAUCCAACCCAUUUAGCCACAUCUCUCACGUCCGGAGCCAGUGCUGGUGCAGUAUUGUCUCCACGAUCGCUUGAGGCAGAUUCGGAUGGAUUUAUUAUUAUUGAGACCAAUUACCGUGUCUAUGCAUACACGGACUCGCCAUUACAAAUUGCAGUAUUGAGUUUGUUUAUAGAGAUGCGUGUUCGGUUUGCCAAUAUGGUGAUUGGAAUCAUUACUCGAGAUAGCGUACGAGAGGCUUUGGCCAAGGGUAUAUCUGCUGAGCAGAUUAUUGCAUACCUUACAACCCAUGCACAUCCAGAGAUGAAAAAGGGGUCACCUGUGCUUCCUACAACUAUAGUGGAUCAGGUUCGACUUUGGGAAAUGGAGCGAAAUCGUCUUCGGAUUUCACGCGGACACCUUUACCAGAUGUUUUCUGGUGAGCAAGAGUAUCGUGAGAUUUUAAAGUAUGCAACAGAUCUUGGAUAUGAGCUAUGGCACUCUGAUUCAAAGAGACUUGUAGUUGUAUCAGCAGAAGGACAUGAGCACAUUAAAGUGUUUUUUUCCAAGCAGAGAAAUAAACAGUUGGGUGCUGCGAAAUGA